GAAGUAACUUUGAGACUCAGAUGUUCCCCUCGGCUGGUGGUUUUAUUUCUUCUUCUGUCUUUCCAGGUUGAACCAGUAUCAGCACCAGAACCAGAACCAGUGAAAGUACCAGAACCAGAACCAGUGAAAGUACCAGAGCCUGUCCCUGAACCAGUAUUGGCUCCAGAGCCAAUCACAGUACCAGAGACUCUACCAGAACCAGAACUUGUCCCAGAACCAUUAUCAGCCCCUGAAUCUGCACCAGAACCAGCUGCAGACCCAGAACCGUUAUCAGAACCCAAACCUGUCCCAGAACCAGCUGUGGUGCCUGAUCCUGAUCCGGAGCCCGUGGUCGAGUCUGAACCCGAGUCUGAGGAGGUUGUGGAGCAGUCCUUACAUGAGCUGAUCCCUGGUUCUACAGAGGACCGCCUGCCAACCCCUGAACCUGUCAUAGAGGAACCAGCAGAACCAGAACCAGAACCAGAGACCAUCCUGGACAACGAUGUGGCUGCAGCUGAAGUGAAGUUCACUCCAGGAAAGAAACAGCGCAAGUUUGAGACGAUGAUGACGAAGGAGGAGAUUGAGGAAGAGCAGAGGGUGCAACAGGAGCAGCUGGCCGCCAUCUUCCUGCUCCUGAAGGAGAACCAGGAGGUGACGGAGGACGUGGAGGAGCAGCUGAAGCUCUACUCCCUCUGAGACCAAUAAUACUUAAAAAUGUUUUAUUUAUUAACUUUAUCUCAUUUAUUUGUAUUAAUAU